UGAUAAGAAGAAAAUGGGAGAUUCUCCUGAAGAGAGCAGCUGGACUUUCUACAUUGAGGGUUUUGUUUGCGAAGAUAACAUUGAUAAGCCUUGUUUAUCUUCUGAUUUUGAGAGCCCUUCUCUCGUCUCCGACGCUGCUUCUUCUGCUGUAGCCAACAAGUUUAGACAGGGUUUAGGGUUUUCUUCUCCGAGUCUUCAAAAUAGUUUCAAGAAGCAGAAAACUAACAUCAUUCCUGCUAUGGAUUAUGAUUUGGAAGAUACUGCCAGCUCUCCUGUAAAUAGUCCUAAGCAGGUUUCUUACAUGAAUGAGUUUAUGAAUCAUGGCAACAAGAAAGAGAAGGGUAAGAGGGAUGUUUCAGAUCAGGUGAAGAGGAACACUUAUGGGAAGGUGUUUGCUGUUGAAAGAGAUAGUGAGUUGAAGAAAAAGAGCACAUGUGGUUAGGAGGGCUGCUGCUGUUGUAGCUUUGUACCCAUUUCAAUUAUGUCAUCACAAAUGUAAAAAAAU